CUACAUUUCCCAGAAUGCACCUGCCCGCGCGCUUCCUCGCAGCGGUGAUGCUGAUGGAGUGUUUUCGCUCGCGGUGCUGGAGAUGUGAUGGGUCUUCUGGAGUCCGUCUCUGAUCGUCAUGUUUCCCGGGGUCCUUUACGCGCUGCUGGCGGGUUUUCUCGGCGCGGUCGCGUCCUCCUCCGCCAAACUGUCCCUCGGCACCGACUAUCUGAAGGGCGUAUGUGAGACCGGCCUGCGGACGUGGGGCGAGCAGAGGAGAUUCACGCAGCACAACGACACGAGCGCGUGCGACUGGUUGCACAUCCCUCUCAGACUGCUGUGUGGAGGUCUGCUGUUCACCUGUAACGCUGUGAUGUGGACGUUCCUGGCCAAAGCUCUCCGCAGCUCGUGCUCCUCCACCCGCACCACUGUGACCACCACCGCCUCCAACUUCAUCUCCUCUGCGUUUCUGGGGCAGCUAAUAUUCGGGGAGACACACGUGGCUCUGUGGUGGGUGGGCAUCUCUCUCACUCUCUCCGGUCUUCUGGUGCUUCAUCACACAUCGCCCAACCUCACCCAAUCACACGACAGCAAGAGAGAAUGACGCUGCGUUAACGUGCAUGUGCAACGACACUGCUGCAUUAUUAGAUGAGUUCAGUGUGUUUUAUAAACAUAUCAGAAAACACUAAUAUCACCACUAUUCAAACUGUGUGUGGGUCCAACUUCUCUAAGACACACAAACCUCCUACAGUCUUUCCAAGAUUUUAUUUGUGUUUGCUUCACUGCACAAGCGUUGCUCGAAAUAUUUGAGGUUAAACGUGAAAACGGAGAGAUUGAAAUGUUCUCGCAGCCGUAAAUCUACUGUCAUGCCAAAGAUCGAUUUAAAUAUUUAAAAAAUACAUUUUAUUUAUAUUUAUUAUUAAAAUAGCAAAUGUUAAAGAUCCAUAAAAAUAUUAAAAACAACUGGUGCAUUAAUCUACAUCACUGUUAAUGUGGUGGGUGAACCUCAAAAUUAGUAGAAAAAUUAAAAAAGAAGAUGAAGCUUGUUUUGGGACAAUUAAAAAAGGAAUAGAUUAAAAAAAUGAAAAUUAUGCAGGAAUAGUCACAUCAAUGACUUGUUAAUGGUAGCAUUUACACGUUUGAGUGAAAUAAUGCAAAAUAUAAUUUCUUUUAUUUUUAUUUUUUAAAUAUGAGCUGGACACUGUUUCCUGAAAGGUUUUAUGAGAUUUAUCUAGUAAAAUAUUUUUUCCCAUUUUUUUCUUUGCUCCAAAAUGUAAAAGUUGCCAAUUGAUUUGACAACAGUGUUAUUUUAGUAUAUUGGCAUCCUAUUGUAAUUUUUGUUAAUAUUUUGAAUUCGAUUUUAAUUGUAUAUUUUCUGUUUCCAUUUUAAUUUUAAUUAAAGCUUUUGUUAAAAAAUAUGGUAACACUUUACAAGGUGUCAUUUGUUAACAGUAGUUACUGUAUUAACCAACAUGAACUAACAAUGAAUAAUACGUUUGUUACCCUAUUUAUUAAUCUUUGUUAAUGAAAAUACAGUUGCUCAUGUUAGUUCACAGUGCAUUAACUAAUGUUAACAAAUACAAUUUUUGAUUUUAAUAAUGUAUUAGUAAAUGUUGAAAUUAACAUUAACUAAGAUGAUUAAAUGCUGUAGAAGCAUUGUUCAUGCUUAGUUCAUGUUAACUAAUACACUUAACUAAUGUUAACUAAUUUACAAUAACCUUAUUGUAAAGUGUUACCAAAAAUAUGUAUAGUUUUUAUUGAUUAUUUUUUGUUAUUUUGAUCAUUCAAAUUAAACUAAGUGAAAAUAAUAAUAAUAAUAGUAAAAAAAACCUUGGCAACUAGUAAAAUAAAUAAUUUUUUAAUGGUUAUAUUAUUUUGAGUUACAGAAAUAUUUUAACAUGUUAACAUGUUCAACAAACAAGCAAAUAAACCAAUAAAAGCAUAAUAAAUGCAUAAAUCAACAAACAAAUACUUAAAUCAAUAAAUAUUAUUUAAUUUAAAUAACAAAGUAGUUUUCCACUCUCACAGCUUUCUUAUCCUUCAAUCUGGCUAUUUUGAUGUCUCAUGCCCUCAAUGACAUCACUUCCUUCAGUCUCCCAGAGGGUCAGGUAUUGAUUAAAGCUGUGCUUCCCCGCAUGCAUUUCCUCCAUCAUCAUCAUCCUCCAGCACUGUGAGCACUGCGUGUGGCAGGAGACGUGCAAUAAUAACACCAGACCUCUGCAAAUGUUGGCAUUCUACAUUCUUUACCAGAAGAUGCUUUUCCCAAAUAAUAUGCCACAUGACUUAUGCAUGCCAACAUCCAGUGAUGUGAUAGCAAAGACACUUUCUGUAGCUGUACGAAUGAACGCAAACCAAAACCUGUUCUUCAGCCCCUUCUGCACACACACCGAAACUUACUAGGAUGAUGCAAUGCUGGAAACCAACAGGUCAUACUCGCUAUUUAACUCGUCUAAUCUGAUGCGUUUCCUAGUGAAGAAAGAUCAUUUAGCUUGUUUGUAAAAAUGUGCACUAUUAGAUCAGUAGCAUGUAUGAAGAAAGUCAGCUUUGAUUUCACGUUGACUCUCUGGAACAUUGUAGCUCCUUACCAGACCACCUAGACCAGGUGGAAACCACGUUAAACUACCUGCUUUAUCUGGAUCUUCCAGGACACUGAAGCAGAUUUAGCAGGUCAUUACUGGAGGGGGCUAAAGGACGAGGUCAAGGUCCUGUACUUCCUGUGAAUUUAUUCUAGUUCUUCCUGUGUUAUGAGUCUCAACUGGGCGCAUGAACCCAGAGACUCAUAGAGCAGCUAAAUAUGGUAGAUAUUACUAAGAUAAACAUGGACCGAAUGCAUUACACAUGUCCAUUCGUCGUGCAAAAACACUGAACGCUUCCAGAAUCCAACAUAAUGUGAUGUUAUGAAGUCCCUGGCAAUGUGAUGCCGUCUGUGUUUUUAUGUCGAUAACAUCCGUCCUUGUCAUGAGCCCAUUAUUUGCAAAUAAUUUUUCAUGUUGUUAUAAUUAGGCGGGAUGAACAUUCAGGUAACUGUUUUACAGGAUUUACAGUGACUUUCUGUACAUCUGAACAAUGACACUAAAUUUACUUACUUAAUUACAGCUGUUACCAUAGUAACUAUAGAAUGUAGGAUUAUGAUUCAAAUAUGAAUUAUCUGGCUUGUAUGUGGGCAUUCCUUUUGUGUCAUUAUGAUUAAAGGAUCAGUUUAGCCAAAAAUUAAAUUUGCUGAAAAUGUAGCCUACUCGAUCUCAGGCAAUCCAAGAUGUAGAUGAGUUUGUUUCUUCAUCAGAUUUGGAGAAAUGUAGCAUUGCAUCACUUGCUCACCAAUGGAUGCUCUGCAGUAAAUGGGUGCCAUCAGAAUGAGAGUCCAAACAGCUGAUAAAAACAUCACAAUAAUCCACACCACUCCAGUCCAUCAGUUAACCUUAAUUAAUCUUGUAAAGCGAAAAGCUGCUUUUGUAAGAAACAAAAUUUAAUUUAAGACUAUAAUUUCUGAUUAAAAUAUAAUAGUUCAUAAUCCAUAAUUAUGAUUGCUCCAGUCAAAAAGUCAAUCUACUGUUGUCCUCUCUCAUCAGAAUCCACCGCAUAUUUGUUUAUUCUAUUUCCAUUGGCUGCAUGGACUUGCUUAUUAGAUGGGAUUUGGUUAUACAUGUUAGCAGUCAUUCUGUACCCGUAAUUGUAUGGUGUAACAUGGUUAUGUAGAGAAAAUUAAAAUAAAGUGAGGGGGGAAAAAACAAUAACGCAUAUUUGUUUAGAGCUGUUUUGGACUGUUUGGGCUUGUAAACGGUGCUUGAUCUGUGCAGAUUUCUCUCCUGAUUCAGAUCAGAUUACUUUUUACUGGAAGCUAAAUUAUGGAUAGAGGACUCAUAUUUUGCUCGAAGUAAUGGUUUAAAGUUAAAACAUCUUAAUGAUGGAUUUUUCUUUUAAUUACAAAUAUGCAAACAUUUUGCUUCUCAAGAUGUUAACUGAUGGACUGGAGUGGUGUGGGUUAUUGUGAUGUUUUUAUCAGUUGUUUGGACUCUCAUUCUGACGGCACCCAUUCACUGCAGAGCAUCCAUUGCUGAUGAAGAAACAAACUCAUCUACAUCUUGGAUGGACUGAGGGCGAGCACCGUCUCAGCAAAUUUUCAUCUUUCAUCUAGAACUAAAAUAUUCACAUUUGGCAUUAUAUACUGCAGUAUUAGGGACCAAAUGAGAAAAUAUAGUGCAUUGGGGGCCUGUUUGUAAAUCUUUGACUUUGAUUUUAAAUUGCUAUGACCUGUUACUCUUAAAGAAAGUAUAAGUGAAGGGAUAAAUGAAAGUAACUCAACCAUCAUGUUAUAUUAUCCUUCUCAUGUCAAGUAGCGUACGGCAUCUGUUUAUGUAACCAUCACUGUAUAAAUCACAGGCCACAUUUAUAAAUGUGUACAUAGUUUUAUUAUUUAACGGACAAACUAGAGCUCUGUAAACUCAUCUAAAUUAAAUGAUACUACACAAGUGAUUCAUUAAACUGCUAUGAAGUGUUUUGUGUGAUUCUUUCAUUGUUAUCAGUAAUUGAAACAGAAAAACAGAGUUGAAAUGAUAUUAGAUGAUACUCAAACUGGUAUAUAAUCAUUUUAGAUUUGUUUGAAUGUGUGGACUAUGGAAGCCCGUUUUCACCACAGAAUAAAAAAUAAAUAAAUAAAAAACUGUAACUGACUUUUUAUCUGCUAAAAAUUUGGAGUUUACAUCUCAAAAUUCUAUUUUCCUCAGAAUUCUGAGUUUAUAUUGCAGUCGAAACUUCAUACCUCACAAUUCUGUUUGUAUCUUGCAAUUUUGACAUUUCCUCAGAAGUCUGAAUUGUGAUAAAAAUGUUUAUUUUUGCAUCCCAUGGUGAAAAUAAGCUUCUGUAAUAGACUUUAUUGUGGAGAUUUUAUUUUUCAUAAGCCAUCAAAAGACAACAAAGAAGAAAAAUACCACAUUGGAAAAACAACAGAAAGAGAAAUUUAUUGACUUGACUUUCAAAGUGAAAGCAACCCGAAACACCCAAAACUGCAUUAAGAUACUGAUAUAUUUAAAAUACAUGCACAACAUAAAGCAUUAAAAAAGACAGAAUAAACUAAAAACAGGCAAAAGAAUGUGCAAAGAAAAUGGAAAAAGAAACGGCGGUCCUUUACAUCAGGCCUGUGAACAGCAGUGAUUAUGAGCGACCCGUAGAGACCCGUAACUCAGAGAGCAGAUGGGAAAUACUGAUCCAACAGCAGAGCCGUCGAACAUUUCAAUGCAUUGAAACCCAACCAACAAACUUUCAGUCAUAAGCAGCAAAGUGAGGCUUCCAAACCACAUGACCCGACAUCAUAAAACAAGCCCGAAAACGUCUACAGCUGUCAGUCUCCACAGUUUCAAAGCUUUCGAGGCUGCAGACGCUGAGCAUCUGAUGGUCUGAGCUGGAUUUAAAAGAGAAGCAGGAUUGAUAAGAACAUCAUAUGAACCUGAGGAGUCACAGGACAAAGAAAGCAGCCGUCUGGAUUCAGGAAGACUGGAAUACUGUAGUGACACCGUUACUGAAAUCCAUGAGCACCACCGCCGAGAGACAGUGAAAACCGCCCAAAGAACGGCUCAAAGUAUUGCAAAUGUUUUAUUACAGUCAUAACCAUAUAUCUAGGUCUGCAAUGAGCUACUGCAUUCAGAAAUGAAUCGGAUUAAUCUCAUAAAACAUGUUUUAAAACACCAUAUUUCAUCCCAAAAUCAACAGAAAAAAAAUUUUUUUUUUAAAGAAUUACCAGGCAAAAUGCACCAGGCAAAUCUAUUAUUUUAAUGAUAUAUAUAUAUAUA